GGCGGGGCCUCUCUGAUCCAGCCUCCCUGUGGUAAAGCCACACCCUCACGGUGGGCGGGGCAUCAUUUGGGCCAUCCUCCCUGUGGGUGGAGCCUUGCCAGUGGGUAGGCAUUCUCUCACCACCCCCCCCAGGAUCUGUCUUGGCCUACCUACCAUCUUCUCUCACCGUGCAAGGAGCCUUGGUCAGCGGACAGCCCCUUCUCUGCCAUGGGUGGGGAGGCUACCACAGCUGGCAGGGCUUCCCUGAAGAUGGUGUGGAGUACUCUGUUCCCUCCCUCUCAGCGAGGUGAGCCCUCAUUGAGGGCCUCCCUCAGCCGGGCGACCCCACUUGGUACUCGGGCCCUUCUGAUCCGAUCGCUGGGAGGGUGGGGUAGCCCCCGGCAAGUUCUCACUUCUGACUCUCUCCGUCUUUCCCUUCUCCCCCUUCCCCACCCCGCAGCGGCUCUCCGAGCUGAUGGAGGAGCGGGAGCGGGGCCCGAACGAGGCCUGGCCCCACGGGGCCCUGCCCUCCAUCCACGGGCCCGCGGACACCCCCCGGAACCUGACCGUCCAGCUGGCCGACUCCAGGGCCAAGCUGCGACGCCUGCGCCAGGAACUGGAGGAGAGGGGUGAGAAACUCCACGACUGCAAACAGGAGCUGCAGGAGCUUCAGGCGGAAUUCAAGGCUCUACAGAAGCAGAACCGUGAGCUGGUGCUGGAGGCUCGGAUGGCGCAGAGCUAUCGGGACGAGGUGGACGUACUGCGGGAGAAGGCCUCCCGGGUGGACCGGCUGCAGAACGAGGUGAAGGCCUACAAGGAGCGACUGAACAGCAUCGAGUUCUACCGCGGGAAGGCAGAGGAGGAGAGGGAGUAUAACCAGGCUCUGCUGGAGACCAAGGCGCUGCUGGAGGAGCAGCUGGAAGCCGCCCGCGCCCGCUGCGACAAGCUGCACCAGGUGGAGAUGGAGAAUCUGAUGCUGCGGUCCGCCCUCCGCGACCUGGAGACGGAGCGGGAGAAUGACAGGCAGAGGAUCGAGGAGCUCCUGGACGUCAACCUCAGCCUCAAGGCCGAGCUGAACGAGAGACUGGACAAGGCGACAGAAACAAUGUGGACUGCCAGGCCGCUCUCCGAGGAGCUCACGCACGGGGAAGGUACCGCGAGGCCCCUCAGCGAGGAGGUGGGCGAGGCGGCCUCGAGGCAGCUGGCGCAGCUGGAGCGGGAGAACCAGGAGCUGAGGCGCCGGCACGAGGAGCUGAGGCAGAGCUGCCGGGCGGCCGAGGUCAGCAGCGGUGCCCGGACCGCCGGCCUGGAGCAGGAGCGGCAGCAGCUGCAGGCGGCGCUGGCCAGGCUCCGAUCGCAGCUGGAUUCCGAGAAGGAGAACGUGCGGGACGCGGAGCUGCACAACUCGGAGCUGCUGGCGGAGAAGUCGCGGCUCGAGGAGCGUCUGCAGACCCUGCGGGAGGACCGCGACCGCGAGGUCCAGGAGCUGAAGCUGGAGAUCACUCGCCUAGCGUCCCCCACGGCCCUCCAGAGGCAGCGACCCCAGCCCGCGUCCGAGGCUGCACCCGGCGGCCUGCCGCAGGAGCAGAGCGGGCCGCCGCAGCCCACCCCUGCCCAGAGGCCGAGCCGGCUGGAGCCAGAAGAUAUGGGGGAGAAGACGCGGCCCGGCCUGACCGAGGACCCGAGCCAGGGGCUGGAGCUGCGGAAGGCGGAGGCGGCCCCUGAGGGUCGGCAGGAGCCGCAGGGGGAGGAAGGCCGCAGGCUGCGCUGGGCCCCGGAGGGGGAGGGGCCACGCGACCCCGGUGGGAUACCAGAGGGCCCGAAGAAAGAGGAGGAAGGGGGCCGGCAGCUGCCUAAGGUUCCGGAGGAAGUGAUGCGGGGCGGUCGCGGGGCCCAGAAGGGGCUGGAGAACCAGGACUGCAGCAAGGCCCCUGAGGGUGGCCAGAUACUGGAAAAGGAGAGCCACAGGCAGUGUAUGGACGAGGAGGAGGAGGAGGAGGAGGACCCGGGGUUGCAGAAGUUGCCGAAGGAGGAGACCCGGGACCACGGUGAGGCCUUGAAGGAGGUGGCAGUGGGGGAGAACCAGGACCCAGAGAGUCAUUGUGGGUUGAAGGAGGAGGAGGACCCGGGGUUGCAGAAGUUGCCGAAGGAGGAGACCCGGGACCACGGUGAGGCCUUGAAGGAGGUGGCAGUGGUGGAGAACCAGGACCCAGAGAGUCAUUGUGGGUUUGAGGAGGCCCGGCUUGCCCUAGAGGCAGAGAGGGCAGAGCUGGCGAGGGAGAGGGAGCAGCUACGGAAGAAGGCCGGCUCCCUCCGGGCUUCGCUAGCCCGCUCCCAAGAGCUGGAGUCGGCCUGCCAAGCGCUGCGGGCCGAGGCCCGGCGGCAGGCCCGGGCCCUGGAGCGGGCAGAGGGGCGCGUCUCCGAGCUGGAGCGGGAGGCGGAGGCGGCGGAGGCUGAGGUGCAGCGGAGGCAGAGGGAGGCCGAGGAGGGCUGGGCGGCGGCCCGGCACCUGGAGCAGGAGAAGGAGGCCCUGGGCGAGGCCUCGGCCCAGGCCGAGAAGGAGAGGCGGCAGCUGGAGAAGGAGGCCCGGCGCCUGCGGCAGCAGGCCAGCGUGCUGGAGGCCUCGCUGGACGAGCAGAACGCCCGCAUCCUCCGGCUGGAGCAGGAAAACCGGCGGCUGGUGGCCGAGGCCGGCCGGGUUGGCGAGCUGCUUGGCAGCCUGGCCGAGCUGGAGGCCGAGAGCACGGGGUUGGCGCGGCGACUGGCCACCGAGCAGGGACAGCUUGCCUCGGUGCGGGAGGAGCUGCUGAACGAGAAGCUGAAAACGCAACAGCUGAGCAACCAGCUGGAAAGCCUGAGCCACAAGCUGCAGAGGCUGCGGCCGAACCCGGAGCAGGCGGUGACCACCGUCCCGGCCGACCAGCUCAGUAAGUUUGACCAGCUGGAGCUGAGGCUGGACUCGGUGCUGAGGGAGUCACUGCAGAUGAAGGACACGCACAUCGAGAGGCUGCGGGCCCAGCUGGAGUCGGCCGAGCAGGGCAACGCUGCCCUCUCGGAGCAGCUGCGGGAGCUGAAGGAGAGCCUGGAGCGGCCCCAGCCCGAAGGCAACGCGGCUGAGCAGAGCUCGGGGCCGGGAAGCGAGGCCGAGGAUUCCCAGCGGGAACGCCGCGACUCCGCGCAGGACCCCGUCAGCGCCCGGCUCAUCGAGGUGGAGCGCAAGAACGCCACGCUGCUGGCGGAGCGCGGAUCCCUGAGCGGCCGGGCCCGCCAGCUGGAGUCACAGGUCGAGGGGCUGCAGGCGCAGACACUGACACUGCAGAACCACUGCAUCUCGCUGCAGGAGCAGGUGGGCAGCCUGCAGGCCCACAACACCAGGCUACAGGUGGAGAACACCUCACUGGGCUCGAGGAACGAGGCGCUGGUGGCCGAGGGCGCCCAGCACCGGGCCCGGCAGGCCUUGCUGGAGGGUGAGGCCAAGGCUCUGGGCCAGGACCACGCGGAGGUGCGGGGCCAGCUCGAGGCCCUGACCCGGGACCACGCCAGGCUGGCUGUCCUCCACGAGCGCCAGGGGGCCGAGCUCGAGGCCCUGGUCAAGAAGCACGGGGCCCUGAAGGGGAGCUGCAAGGCCCUGGAGGUAGAGCACAAGGAGCUGGAGGCAAGGUACAACCAGCUUCUGGCGGAGAAGGAGCAUCUGGAGCAGUUGGAGGCCAGCCUGAGGAGCCAGCAGGAGGCGCUGGAGCUGGAGGCCGGGAAGCAGCAGGGCCUCAGCCUGGCCCACCAGCAGCUGAAAGACGAUUACAACAGGCUGAACCAGCUCCACGGGGACGGUGUGCGUCAGUGGGAGGAGCUGCUGGCCGAGCACACGGCGGUGAAGGGGCAGCUGAGCGGGCUGCAGCUGGAGAAGGCGCGGGCCGAUGUGGAGCACGCCGCCCUGAGGGAGCAGUUCCAGCAGCUCGACGUGCGCUGGACCAAGCUCAGCUCCCACUGUGAGCUCCUGGGUGAGCUGAAGUCAAACCUGGAGGAGGAGAACCGCCAGCUGAUCCAGCAGGUGAAAGCGCUGGCUGAUGACAACCGGACCCUGCUGGAGAGGACGGUGGAGAGCCGGGACCAGUUCCACGAGGAGCAGCGGGAGUACGCGGAUAAGCUGAACAAACUGCGGAGAGAGAAACAGAAACUGGUGGAGAAGAUCAUGGACCAGUACAGGGUGGUGGAGCCUACCAUGCCCAGGAGCAAGAAGGGGAACUGGAUCGCCGACAAGAUGAAGAAGCUGAUCAGGCCGCGGAAGGAGCUGACCAAGGACCAGCUGAGACCCUACUUCAUCACGCCGUCCGGCGGCCCGGACGGGGCCGAGGGCAUCGUCCACCUCUCCCAGCUGGAGAACUCCGGCCUCCUCGACGAGACUGACCAGCCCGCCGGCGCCGUAGACGGCCGGGGCCCGCCGCCGAAGGGCUGGGACGGGGAGGGAGGAGCCCCCGGGCCGCCGGAGAAGAUCCUGGUGCGGACCCGGCGCAAGCUGAGCUCGCGGAUCUACGGAGCCGACACACCGCGCAACCGCUUCCGCCAGCGGCGGGUGGGCUGGGAGGAGGAGGAGGCCGAGACCAGCAGCACGGCCAGCCGCGACAGCGACCCGACGCUGGACAGCAAAGAGAUAGCCAAGAACCUGGAGCAGGCGAGGAGAGCUGCAGCGAGGGCCGGCGGGGCACCGAGGCAGCACGGAAGGUGGGUGUCCUUCGUUUAGCUGGCCGCAGGGUCAGUCCUGGCGCGGGGGUGGACCGUGGGCCGGGUCUGCCAGCUCCCUCUCAAGUUAACGUCUGACGCUGAACUCGAUACCAG